AUGAGUGGAGCAGUACGGUGGAAGAAAGAUGCAAUCAGCGAUAACCUCAUGUUAGAUGACAUUGAUCAGUCGGUACAUGUCAUCAACCAGGCCACAAAUGCAUCUGUUCUCACGGAUGAAGCAGUUGGUUACGGUAGGUAG